AUAACCGCGACGGUCAGCAUUCCAAUUCCUUGGCCUGGAACCCAUCGAGAGACUUCGAGUUAUGUGACCCCCGACGUCUGGCCUUGGGUUACUGGCACAGGGGCAGCCGCUGCCUACACUGGUAGUUGGUCAUAUUCCAGUUCAGGACAGGUUCAGCCGCCAAGUGCGGCUUCCGUGACCUUCCUCCCGGUCUACAUCAGCCUGCUCGCCAUCUGUGCCGGCCUCAUCCUCCCCCUUCGUCUCUAGAACCAGCUCAAUGGCUAGCUCAAUCGCCAGUCCAACGGGGACUAGUGUGACGUUGACCGGCUUGAUCAGCUUAACCAGCUCAACGAGGAUCAGCUCGCUGGAGACCAUUCCAACGUCCUACUGGAAAACGACCAGCUCGAUGACGACCAGCCCGGUGACAAGCAGUGCGAUGCUUAGCAGUUCUAGGAAAACUAGCACGCAUUUGACCGGCCCCCCAAUGACCAGCUCGAUGAUGACCAGCUCGAUGAUGACCAGCUCGAUCAUAGCCAGUUCAUUAACAACUAGUUCAAUACCGACUGGCUCGCAAAUCGUCUCGACUUCAAGUGGCUCAAGGACAGCUAGUUCGAUUGUUAGCAGCUCUGCAUCACACAGCUUUACUGUUACAUCCCAGACCAGUCUGAGCAAUGGCCAUACAACCUCUUCAUCUUCCACCAUGACCACGAGAGCCAUCAAAACUACCCAGUCUACUACUUCAACUGGAUCAUCGACUCGACCAACACAAGUAUCGCCGACUGAGACGCUCCACAUAGCACCCGACGUCGACGCAGGACGCGGUUCCUAUGACGUUCCACUUUCCAUGGCUGCUAUCUGUGGGCUCAUCUCGUUAACACUGGCUCUGGGCUAAUUCAUGCCCAUCUAUUGCGAAUGAUACACCUUUACGAGUUAUGUUACAUUUUUACGAUCAUUGCGAGGCGACUUUAUACGACACGAUACAACCAAGACUAAUGAUGCACGACUCUUUAUGAAUAAUUGCUUACUAUUUAUAUGAACGACGACCUCUCCGCAGCUUGAUCUUGUUGAUAUU